AUGUCGACCACGCCGGCGGCGGCGGCUACCAUAUCCGUCGAGUAUGCCAAGUCCGGGCGCUCAACCUGCAAGGGUUGCAGCGGGGCCAUCGCCUCCGGGGCGCUCCGCCUCGGCGCCUCUGCGCGCGACCCCCGUGGCUUCGACGCCACCAAGUGGUACCACGUCUCCUGCUUACCCUCCUCGUCGCACCCGCUCGGCCCCAUCGAGAGUAUCAAGGGGUUCGACUCCGUUAAGGACCAUGAUCGUGAGGAAUUGCGAGAGCUAGAGAAGAAUCAUAAAAGAGACAAUCCUGCAGUCAGCUCUUUGGAGGAACCAAGUCCAAAGACAGCAAGGAUUCAGAUGUCUUCACCUGCAGAGGGGGUGCCAGAUAAGGUAACUGUCUCUGUUGAGUACGCGAAGUCUGGCCGCUCUACCUGCAAGGGCUGCAGCGAGAAUAUUGCCAAAAGUGCCCUCCGCCUUGGUGCCUCUGUUCAUGAUCCCCGUGGCUAUGAAAAUACCAAGUGGUAUCAUGUUGUGUGCUUCCCUACAUCAUCAUACCCAUUAUUUCCAAUGGAGAAUCUGAAGGGGUUUGAUUCAAUCGAGGAUCAUGACCGUGACAAGUUGCGCAAGUUGGAGGAGAAUCACAAGAGUGAUAGAAAUGUGGCUGAUGAAUUGAAUGAGUCAAAUCUGAAGAAAGAAAUGGCUCGCAGCAUGGAGGACUCAAAAGAAGGUGCUGACAAGGAUCUGGAAGGUGUAAAGGUUCACUGCAUGGGGGAGUCUGAAGAAGGUGCUGAAAAGAACCUGGAAGAAGCAAAGAAGUUGCCUGCAGGGAACAGAACGAUUGGUCCAUCGAUAUCCUUUUCACUUUCUGAUAUCAAGAAAGAAUACAAGGAUGCUACCCUUCCUGCUCAUUGGAAGGUUUUUGAUACAGUUAUCUUCCGUGAGCAGGAAGAUGGCCUUCAUGCUUCAUCUAAGAUUGCUGCAUUUGAUUUUGAUGGAUGCCUUGCCAAGACCAGUGUGAGGAGGGUUGGUGCAGACCAGUGGUCUUUACAGCAUAAAUCAAUUCCAGAAAAAUUGCAAAGACUGUACAAUGAUGGUUACAAGCUGGUCAUAUUCACCAAUGAGUCAAACAUUGAGCGCCAUAAGAACAAGCGACAGAAAGCUGUUGACUCCAAAGUUGGUCGCCUUGAUAACUUUAUUGAAUGUGUUAAAGCCCCUAUUCAGGUUUUCAUUGCUUGUGGUUUAGGGAAAGGAAAAGAUAUUCCAGAUCCAUACCGCAAACCAAAUCCUGGAAUGUGGUGGUUGAUGGCUCAGCAUUUCAAUUCUGGAAUCGAAAUUGACAUGGAUCGAUCUUUCUAUGUCGGUGAUGCUGCUGGGAGAGAGAAGGAUCAUAGUGAUGCAGAUAUAAAAUUUGCUAAGGCCAUCGGUCUCAAGUUCCAUGUUCCCGAGGAAUACUUCGGUUGCUAG